AUGCUAAUUUUGUCGUCCGGAAAACCACUUUCAACAACACAUAAACUUGCAGCGCUUAUUCCAUUCAUUGAUGACAAUGGUAUACUUCGAGUUGGUGGUCGUUUGGAGAACGCGAAUAUUAGUUAUGACCAGAAACAUCCAUGCAUCCUUGACAAGAAUGAAAAAUUGACGCAGUUAAUAGUUGAACAUUAUCAUAACAAUUAUCUUCAUGCUGGUACACGACAAAUGCAAUAUUUACUGGGCUUAAAAUAUUGGAUUCCGAAUAUAACUUAUCUUCUCAAACGGACUGUUUAUAAAUGCACAACAUGCAUGAGAUUUCGCCAGAAACCUUAUCAGCAGCGUAUGGGUGAGCUGCCAUCAUACCGUGUACAACCAGGAUCUACAUUUUUGCAUGUUGGUAUUGACUUUGCAGGUCCAAUACUAAUUCGCUCAUGGAAAGGCCGUGGGUCGCAAUCCUACAAAUGCUGGAUUGCCGUAUUUGUUUGUUUGAAUACCAAGGCAGUACAUCUGGAAGCGGUGACUGAACUCACUACUGCGGCUUUCUUGGCAUCCCUUCGACGAUUUACUUCUAGACGUGGUAAGGCAAGUCACAUUUACACCGAUAAUGGUACCAACUUUGUUGGAUGCAACCAGAAACUAAAGGCAUUGUACGAAUUCCUGCAAAACUCCCAAGACGUUAUCUUCAGAGAAUUGGCGAAUCAACAGAUUCAUUGGCACUUCAUCCCCCCUUCAGCACCAAACUUCGGCGGCAUCUGGGAAGCUGGUGUGAAGUCAGUGAAGUUUCAUUUAAAUCGUACCCUGGGCAUGUCUUCCGUCACAUAUGAGGAAUUGAAUACAUUACUAUGUCAAAUUGAGUGCUGCCUUAACUCACGCCCACUGUGUUUAAAAUAUGAAGGCGAUCCUGAUCCAAUAACACCGGGUCACUUUCUAAUUCUUCGCCCAAUGACAACUGUACCAGACGAAAAUUUGAUGAACGUUAACAUGAAUCGCUUAACUAGAUGGGAAUACAUGCAACGGCUGCUUCAGCAAUUUUGGUUAAAAUGGUCAACAGAAUAUCUUAGUCAACUCCAGAAAAGACCAAAAUGGGUCCAGAAACUACAAAAUCUGCAACAAAACGACAUGGUGCUUAUAAAGGACGAAAAUCUACCCCUACAAAAUGGUUAA